AUGUCAGUCAAGGCUUUUCUUGUCAAUAUAAAACACCAUUUGGAAGCCAAUGUCACGAAGAUUCCUUUAAGGUUUGCUACUGGCAAUCAGUCUGCGGAUAUGGACUCCGUUAUAAGCGCUAUCAGUUAUUCAUAUUUUAGCUAUAUCAAGAAUUCCAAUGCAAUUUUGAUUCCCUUAAUUAAUAUCCCUAGGGAUGACUUUAAAUUGAGAAGAGAUAUUAAAUUGCUAUUAGAGCGUCAUUCAAUAACGGAAGACUUGUUGUACUUUGUUGAAGAUUUUGAAUCGUAUUCAAAGGUUGCGUCGAGUAUUGAGCUUGUUCUUGUGGACCAUUGUAAUAUUCAAGGUUCUGCCUUGAAUAACGCAUUCAAAGAUGGAAAGGUCAAAGUUGUUGGUAUAAUAGAUCACCAUGAAGACGAAAAUGCUUUCUUAGAUGCAAAUCCAAGGAUAAUACAUUCCAAUGGGUCCUGUUCAGCUCUUGUUUUCAAUUACUGGUAUUCACAGUUCGACGAUAAGACAGUCUUGAAACAAAAUGAAAUUAUAGAGCUAUUAUUGGGUCCGUUGCUCAUUGAUACUUCAAAUAUGACGCAGAAGGUUGAAGAGGGAGACGAGGAUGCUAUCAAAACAUAUAAGCAACUAUUAAAUCCUGAUACUAUCACAACGUUUUCUUCUUCACAAGAGAAGACGGAUUCUGACCCGUUUUCAGGUUUUUAUUCAGAGCUCAAGAAAGCCAAGAAAGAUCUCCAUGGGUUUUCCCUAUAUGAUAUUUUGCGCAAAGAUUAUAAACAAUUUACAUUUGGCUCUAAUGAUACUGUUGUUGGCUUUAGUUCAGUUGGCAAAUCAUACUUCUGGCUUUUUAAGGAAUAUUCCCCUGAGCACUUUAAAAAAGCUUUAAACCAGAUGCUCCAAACACUCAAGUUGGAUCUUUUAGUUGUCACCACUUCGUAUACCACAUCCAGUGGAAAAUAUACUAGAGAGUUUUCAUAUUAUUAUGAUUUGAAAAAUGCCAAAUUUGAUAAACUAUACAAGUUAGCGGACCCUAAAUUAAAAUUGAAUCUGGAUAUUUACAAGGGUACUAAGUUCGCUGACAAGCUCAAUGAGGUCAACUCAAGUGGACAUAAACUAGAAAUCUUUAACCAGGUAAAUAUCAAAGCAUCUCGAAAGCAAGUGGUUCCUGUGAUUAAAGAUGUUCUUGAGGAACAUGAUUAG